UUUUUUUUUUUUUGCUUCAUUUACUACAUAGAAGGUAUAUUCUCAACAAUUGAUACUGUGUAAGCUGGGCAAUAAUAGUGAGACUGCAAAAAUAUCCCUGUAUUAUUUCCGUAAAGCUGCGCAGUGGCUGCUCUGUUUGCGUUGUAAUUGGACGGAAGUGCGCUAAAGUAAACCUGAGAGUAAACCAAAGCUUGACACAGGAGAAGAGCCGCAUGUUGAGGCGACAGACAUAGAAACAUGUUGUAGAAAUUGUGUUUAUGUUCUGAUCACUAACAGCAUUGCGUGAAUGAGACGCGGCGGCUCUGGUCAGACAUGCUCGGGGCUGUACUUCGGCCGUCCUUGUGUGUGGGGUUUGCCCGCUGUUUGCGUCUAGUCCCGAGGAUCAUCUGCGCCCGUCCUCAGCACACCUCAUCGGGGCAGGGGUCCCAGAAGCAGCCGCUGAAGCAGUGGGCUCUGUCCGUCAGCCCCUACACAUCUAUAAAGGCUGUGCUGUCCUCCUGCAGCUUCUCCGUCACCCCCUUAGACCCCCACGCCUUUCCUGAAGCCGACCGGGCUUUCAUCACCGUCUACGGGGUCAGUGAAGGACAGAAGACCGCUCUGGACCACUGCCAUGUCCACUGCCAUGUCCACUAUGACGAGGAGAGGAGAGAACUGCAUAUUACAGAUGAAAAAGGAAACUGCCAGUUCUCAAUAGAUUUGGAAGCACCAAUCAAAAGCAAUCUUUUCAUCACCACUGAGGGAAAAGGUCAUGUGGACAUCAGUAAAAUGGAGUGUGAUAUCUGUAAAGUGUCCACACAAGAGGGAAACUGCACACUCCACUCCAUCAAAGGCCACCAGGUUGAGGUGAGGUCUUCUGGAGGAUGUGUCACGGGUCUUGGUACUAUCCAUGGAAAUGUGGAUAUCGUCUCAAGUGGAGAAAGUGCGGUGAAUGUGAAAAAACUUCAGGGUACUACUAUGAAUGUGUCCACUGAACAUGGCUCUCUGAAGGUGAAGGCCAUCUAUGCAAAUUCCAGCAGUAUCUCGUCCCACACAGGGAAAGUAAAACUGGGACAUGUACAUGGAAAUGCCACAGUGAAGAAUGGCUCUGGGGAUACUGUCAUAGAUGGUUCCAAUAGCUUCAUGCAAGUCUCCUCUCACAGUGGAGACAUAGACCUCUACGUAGGAGAUGGUGGCUCUGCAGAUGUCUGUAGUGUACAAGGAGCUGUGUGCGUGCGUGUCCCCUCCUCUUUAAAAGCAGGGGUGGAACUGUGUGGAGCGUCUGUGAACAUCAGCCCAGAGGUGGUGAUUCAUGAAGCAAGGAAGCAUCAGGCUCCAGGCCAGACCACAGUUAUGGGUUUUGUAAAUGGGGAGUCCCAGAUGGACCAGCCUUAUCUGAAAGCUAGGACCAAAACUGGCUCUGUCACACUGAAGACACAAAGCUGGUUUGAGUCACUUAAAUUGAGAAGCUGAUAAAACAAAAUCACACAAAAAAAAUAUUUCCAUCAGCUGUGACGAUAACGCACUCAUGACUACUAAAAUGAUCUUUAAAUGUUGGUGUUAUUUAUUUUUUGCAUAAAAAUGUUACUAUUCUGUAUUCUACAAAUAAACUUUAACUGUGUAUUUUGUAUUUGGCCGUUGGGGGGCAGCAACAGCUCAGACAAGAAUCCUUUGUGCAGCAUGACUUUGAGCUCAAGUAAGAGUAACCUUAUUUCAAAAUAAUAUUACUCAUGUUGAAGUGCACAGUAGUAGUACAAGAAAUUACUCAAGUAAAAAGUAUUUGGGAAACAACAUCUGAUUUAUAAUUUAAACAUUUAAUUAAGUACACAAUCUGGUAUUUUCACAAAAUUUUUUAAAAACUAUAUCUGAACGAGCAGCAUAAGAAAAACUUUUAUUUAAGUAAGAGUACUGUUACCCCAAUAAAAUUUUACUCAACUAGUAGUAAAAGUAUGCUGCUAGAAAAGUACUCUGAGUAACUGAGUAAAUGAACUACUCAUCUUGGACUUUAAGUGCAAAAUUUCAAUAUUUUUGCAGUUUGAGUAAUCAGUGGCAAUCAAUACACAAGUUAAGAUAUUGGUAUUGGAUGUUAAAUUUGCAUAAAACCCUUAUCUUGCCUACUGCCCUAAAUUGCACUCACAACCUGAAUGAGUUCAUAUAUUUAAUCUCAAAAUCAUAAUUAUAGAUUUCAGGUUUACUUCUGGGAACCACAUUUCAUUAUUCCACAUAUUACAUUAUUAAUUUGGCACUAGCAUCCAUCCACAAGACAGUUCACACCAUCUCAGUCCAAUAUGAAAACAAAAGGCUCUCAUUUGGUUCUGAUGAAUCACGAGUGAUGUUGAUUAAGAUCCACAUAAAAUCACUUGCAAUAAAAGGCAGUAAGAGUCCUGGAGGCAGAUACUGAAACAGAACAACAGCAUGUUUUUAAAGUGUAGUGAGAAGAAAUGAGUCAUUCACACAGCUCUGAUGAACCCACGUGGAAAUUGUUAAAAUAAAACGUGAUGCAGCUUAACAGCUGUUUACGGAAAUGCAACUUUAUUGUUAAAAACAUUCUGCUCUUUUUCCUUUGCAAGUAUCUAAAAUAAGAUUUUACUAUUUUAUUUUUUGGCAAAUAGAAAUGGAAUGUGCACUAUGAAACCUUUGUGGUGAGUGUUUGUGACUUGCUUCUCUCCAUAGAGAUGUUAUUGCUUUGCCUGGAAUGUUCCACAGUAUGAUCAUCAAAAACAUUCUUAUUGUUAAGUGUUGCGUCGCCACAGAAGUGACCUGUAGCCUGAUGGCAUCCCCUGCUCUUCUUCAAGGAAAUACCUAUGUUUAAUUCCAUACUGUGGAACAUUCAAGCCAAAGCAAUAGCAUCUCUAUGGAGACUAAUGCGUGGUGGAUCUUUCAUCAGAGAACUUACACAAUGCAUCUUUAAUUAUUUUACAAUAUAGA